AUGAAGAAGCACGGAGUUGUUAUUAAAGAUUCUGUAUUUGGUGUAUUCAGAUGGUCUCCUAAUGAAGAUAAACUACUCUAUCUGGCAGAACGUCAAGAAAAACCUGCAGAAUUUUAUGAUGCUGACUUGGAAUGGAAUGAUACAGAAAAAUUGGCUAAAUUAAAAAUUGGCGAUAAAUUUAAAGUAGUUGAAAGUUGGGGUGAACAGUGUGUUGAAGUGAAGCGACCUAUUAUUUCUAUUUUGGAUAUUAAUGAAGAGAAAAUUGAUAUUUUUGAUGAAGAAUGGAUGGAUAAAAUUACUCCUGAAUCUAUUGUUUGGUGUCCAGAUAAUUCUUCAAUUGCUUUCUUUGGUCUAGACAAUGAACCUUUUAAACUUGGACGGAUAUUUUGUGAUAACAGACCAGGAAAACUUUAUACUUUUAAUUUCAAAACAAAACAACUUAUUCAAUUAAUAACGAACCCCCAAGAUGAAUGUUUAAAAAAUAAUUUCGCUUCUUUCAAUCAACUUUCAUUUUCUCCUGAUGGUAAUUAUUUGAUUUUCUUUGCAAGAAAGGCUGAUGGCCCUCAUUCUGCUUGUUUUGCACUUUGCAAAAUUGAUUGGAAUUCUUGUGACAAAAUAUCAAAAAUUGUUGUGCCAAUUGUUGAUUAUCCAACAAAUGAGAAUUCUUUUGUUGGUAUUUUUGGUCAAUAUGUAUCUAACCGUGCAUGGGACAGUAGUGGACAAAUUUUCUUUUUAACAAGUCUUUCACGUUCUAAAACGGCAAGUUUUUUUAAAUAG